ACCGGUAUGGGCGCUGUGCGCGGGGCGCCUUGGAUCAGGCUACAACUUUGGGGACACUGGGGACCAGCACAGGGUCCCGGCCCCCUGGGGCCUUGCCGGUAACAGUGGGUCUGGUGCCUGUGGGCCAUGGAAGAGCCUGGGCCCCCUGGUGGGCUUAGCCAGGACCAAGUGGAACGAUGCAUGAGUGCCAUGCAGGAGGGGACCCAGAUGGUGAAGCUCCGUGGCAGCUCCAAGGGCUUGGUCCGCUUCUACUACCUGGAUGAGCACCGUUCCUGCCUCCGCUGGCGGCCCUCACGCAAGAACGAGAAAGCCAAGAUUUCCAUCGACUCCAUCCAGGAGGUGAGUGAGGGCCGGCAGUCUGAAAUCUUCCAGCGCUACCCGGACAGCAGCUUUGACCCCAACUGUUGCUUCAGCAUCUACUACGGCAGCCACCGAGAGUCGCUGGACUUGGUCUCACCAAGCAGUGAAGAGGCACGUACCUGGGUCACCGGCCUUCGCUACCUCAUGGCUGGCAUCAGCGACGAAGACAGCCUAGCCCGUCGCCAGCGUACCAGGGACCAGUGGCUGAAGCAGACGUUUGAUGAGGCUGACAAGAACGGUGACGGUAGCCUGAGCAUCAGCGAGGUCCUGCAGCUGCUACAUAAACUCAACGUGAACCUGCCCCGGCAGAGGGUGAAACAGAUGUUCAGGGAGGCAGACACAGAUGACCAUCAGGGGACACUAGGCUUUGAGGAAUUCUGCGCCUUCUACAAGAUGAUGUCCACUCGCCGAGACCUCUACCUGCUCAUGCUGACCUACAGCAACCAUAAGGACCACUUGGAUGCCUCCGACCUGCAGCGCUUUCUGGAGGUGGAGCAGAAGAUGAGCGGCGUGACGCUCGAGAGCUGUCAGAGCAUCAUCGAGCAAUUUGAGCCUUGUCUGGAGAAUAAGAGCAAAGGGGUGUUGGGGAUUGAUGGCUUUACCAACUACACGCGGAGCCCCGCCGGUGACAUCUUCAACCCUGAGCACCACAGAGUGCACCAAGACAUGACGCAGCCUCUGAGUCACUACUUCAUCACCUCCUCCCACAACACCUACCUCGUGGGUGACCAGCUCAUGUCCCAGUCUCGGGUGGACAUGUAUGCCUGGGUCCUGCAGGCCGGCUGCCGCUGUGUGGAGGUGGACUGCUGGGAUGGGCCUGAUGGGGAACCCAUUGUCCACCAUGGCUACACUCUGACCUCCAAGAUCCUUUUCAAAGAUGUCAUCGAAACCAUCAACAAAUAUGCCUUCAUCAAGAAUGAGUACCCAGUGAUCCUGUCCAUUGAGAACCACUGUAGUGUUGUUCAGCAGAAAAAGAUGGCCCAGUAUCUCACUGACAUCCUUGGAGACAAGCUGGACCUCUCCUCAGUGAGCGGCGAAGAUGCCACCAUGCUUCCUUCUCCACAGAUGCUCAAGGGCAAGAUCCUGGUGAAGGGGAAGAAGCUCCCUGCCAAUAUCAGUGAGGAUGCAGAAGAAGGUGAAGUGUCUGAUGAGGACAGUGCCGAUGAGAUUGAGGAUGAUUGCAAGCUCCUCAACGGAGACGCCUCCACCAAUCGGAAGCGUGUGGAAAACAUCGCUAAGAAGAAGUUGGAUUCUCUGAUCAAGGAGUCAAAGAUCCGUGACUGUGAAGACCCCAAUGACUUCACUGUCUCCACACUGUCCCCAUCUGGGAAGCUUGGGCACAAAGCAGAGGCCAAGAAGGCUCAGAGCAAGGCCGAGGAAGAUGUGGAGUCUGGGGAGGACACCGGGGUGAGCAGGCGGAACAGCCGUCUCCUCAUGAGCAGCUUCUCCAAGCGUAAGAAAAAAGGCAGCAAGAUAAAGAAGGUGGCCAGCGUGGAGGAGGGGGAUGAGAGCCUGGACUCCCCAGGAAGCCAGAGCCGUGGGACUGCCCGGCAAAAGAAGACCAUGAAGCUGUCACGAGCCCUCUCGGACCUAGUGAAAUAUACCAAGUCUGUGGGAACCCAUGACGUGGAAAUGGAGGUGGUAUCUAGCUGGCAAGUGUCGUCCUUCAGCGAGACCAAGGCCCACCAGAUCCUGCAGCAGAAGCCUGCCCAGUACCUGCGCUUUAACCAGCACCAGCUCUCCCGCAUAUACCCCUCCUCCUACCGGGUGGACUCCAGCAACUACAAUCCACAACCCUUCUGGAAUGCUGGUUGCCAGAUGGUUGCCCUGAACUACCAGUCGGAGGGGCGGAUGCUGCAGCUGAACAGGGCAAAGUUCAGUGCCAACGGUGGCUGUGGCUACGUGCUCAAACCCCAAUGCAUGUGCCAGGGUGUUUUCAACCCCAACUCUGAGGACCCCUUGCCAGGGCAGCUCAAGAAGCAGCUGGCCCUGAGGAUCAUUAGUGGCCAGCAGCUGCCCAAGCCUCGGGACUCGGUGCUGGGUGACCGUGGGGAGAUCAUCGACCCCUUCGUGGAGGUGGAGGUCAUCGGGCUCCCCGUGGACUGCAGCAAGGAGCAGACCAGAGUGGUGGAUGACAAUGGGUUCAACCCCAUGUGGGAGGAGACACUGGUGUUCACUGUACACAUGCCCGAGAUUGCGCUUGUGCGCUUCCUGGUCUGGGACCACGACCCGAUUGGACGGGACUUCAUCGGCCAGAGGACGCUGGCCUUUAGCAGCAUGAUGCCAGGCUACCGGCACGUGUACCUAGAAGGCAUGGAGGAGGCCUCCAUCUUUGUACAUGUGGCCGUCAGUGACAUCAGUGGUAAGGUCAAGCAGACUCUGGGUCUAAAAGGUCUCUUCCUCCGAGGCCCAAAGCCAGGCUCACUGGACAGUCAUGCUGCUGGGCAGCCCCUGCCCCGGCCCUCCGUUAGCCAGAGGCUCCUGCGGCGCACAGCCAGUGCCCCAACCAAGAGCCAGAAGCCAAGUCGCAAGGGCUUCCCAGAGCUGGCCCUGGGCACACAGGACGCAGGCUCCGAGGGGGCGGCUGACGACGUGGCACCCCCUAGCCCCAACCCAGCUCUGGAGGCCCCUACUCAAGAGAGGUCAGGCAGCAGCAGUCCCCGAGGUAAGGCACCAGCUGGAGAAGCAACAGAAGAGAGAACACCGGCACAGGUGCGGUCCCCGCGUGCCCCCGAAGGCCCCGGACCUGCAGGGAUGGCCGCCACAUGCAUGAAGUGUGUGGUGGGCUCCUGCACCGGUAUGGACGUUGAGGGCCUUCGAAGGGAGCAGCAACCCAGUCCUGGGCCUGCAGGCAGCCGCACGGCCAUCAGCCAGCAGCCCAGGGCCCGGGUAGAUUCACUGGGGGGCCCUUGCUGCAGCCUGAGUCCUCGAGCCACCCCAGGGAGAAGCAGAGAGGCCCCUAAGGGUCCUAGGGCUCGGCGGCAGGGUCCAGGUGGCAGCUCUGUGUCCUCCGACUCCAGCAGCCCAGACAGCCCAGGCAGCCCCAAGGUGGCCCCCUGCCAGCCAGAGGGUGCUCACAGGCAGCAGGGGGCGCUGCAGGGAGAGAUGAACGCCUUGUUCGUUCAAAAGCUGGAGGAGAUCAGGAGUCAUUCCCCCAUGUUCUCCACGGUUAGGGAUUGAGACCUGCGAGUGCCAGACACUCGCCUCUUCCCCCUGCAGCGGCCCAUCUCCCCCCUGUGCAGCCUGGAACCCAUUGCUGAGGAACCAGCCCUGGGCCCUGGCCUCCCGUUACAGGCAGCUGUCCCCACAGGUCCAUCUCAGGAAGGGCCCCAGUGCCCUGUAGGACAGGGAGCCAAAGUGACCGGCCCCCAGCAGACGUCUCUGGGAGCUUCUGGAACCCUCCAGCUCAGGACUGGGGGCGAUAGGGAAAAGGAAGAGCCACCUCUCAGGCCACACAACGGUGGGAUUCCCCACGGGCCACGUGAGGGGACAUCUGGAAGACAGACAGACAGCAAGAGCCGCUCCUGGGCCCCGGGCCACUUGCCAGUGGUUAGGAGGGCCAAGAGUGAGGGCCAGGUGCUCUCGGAGCUCUCUCCCACACCUGCAGUAUACUCGGAUGCUACAGGCUCUGACAGGUUAUGGCAGCGGCUGGAGCCUGGGAGUCACAGGGACAGUGUCUCCUCAUCCUCCAGCAUGUCCUCCAAUGACACUGUCAUAGACCUCUCAUUGCCCAGCCUCGGCCUCUGCCGCAGUCGAGAGAGCAUUCCAGGGGUCUCUCUUGGACGCCUAACCCCACGGCCCUGCUUAGCCUCAGCUGCCCGUCCUGACCUGCCUCCUGUGACCAAGAGCAAAUCCAACCCCAACCUGCGGGUUGCGGGUGGGUUGCCUCUUGCACCCGAUGAGCUGCAGCCCCGGCCUCUUGCCCCACGGCUGACUGGGCUCCACUCACGGCCACCCUGGCAUCACCUCACCCUGGUGGGCCUGAGGGACUGCCCAGUGUCUGCUAAGUCCAAGAGUCUGGGAGACCUGACGGCUGACGACUUUGGUCCCAGCUUUCAGGGCAGCACGGGCAGCCUGAGCUGCGGCCUGAGCCCCCUGGGUGUGGUGCAUCAGGUGCUGGAGCCGGGGAGGAGGCGAGAUGCUCUCACAGAGCAGCUACGCUGGCUCACCGGCUUCCAGCAUGCGGGGGACAUCACAUCACCCACCAGCUUGGGCCCAGCUGCGGAUGGCUCUGUAGGGGGUCCCAGCUUCCUGAGACGUUCCUCCUCGCGCAGCCAGAGCCGAGUGCGUGCUAUUGCCAGCCGAGCCCGCCAAGCUCAGGAGCGCCAGCAGAGGCUGAGAGGCCUGGACUCACGGGGUCCCCCAGAGGAGGAGCGGGGCACCCCUGAGGGUGCCUGUUCUGUAGGCCACGAGGGCUGUGUGGAUGUGCCAAUGCCUGCCAAGGGAGCCCCUGAGCAGGUGUGUGGUGCUGCUGAUGACCAACUGCUGCUCAGGCUCUGACUCUGCCUGAUGACUCCAACUCCCUACCUUCCCUGUGACUGCUGGCCGGGGUGGGUGGGGGUGGGGCUGGCCUCAACCCGACCUUUGCUCAGGAAAUGAAGCCACUGGGUCCCCGAAGCUGUUAUGCCCCACUCGCCGCCUCUGGAGCACCCAGUAGCCCCCUCUUCAACCUUUGGCUGUCCUCUUGUCUCUGAUCCUGGGAAGUGAGGAACAGCACUGUCCACCUGUCCUACUGGGCAGUUUCCACAUUUUAAGAUAUUUAACUUUUUAGAACCAAAAACUUACAAAUGACUCUGCGUCCUUUCCCACUGGUCUGCCUGGUGUGUGCUGAGUGUUAUCUUCCACCAGCUGUGUGCUUGUAUCCCAGGAUGCCUGUGACACACCCACAACUGCUAGGAUGUUUGUCCCUGCACCCUACUCCACUGUGCACAAACUGCCCAGCAAUUGUGUAAACUUGGGAACACAACUCCAAUAAAUGCAUCAGGCCUGUUCUGUGCGGCUGAUC